GCCGGUGUCACUGCCCGUUGGGACUUCCAGAGGAAAGAGCUAGUCAGUGGCAAAAGAGCAAGGAGAGCACGUUUGUCAGGCUUCACCCAAUGAACUGACUCGGUUUUUGUUUUAGCUCAUGGUUUUUGUCUUUUAACAGCUACCUGAAGUUUCCGGCAGAAAAGUCGUCAUGGCAGACCUGGGCUGCAAAAAGCCCAGCGACUGCACCGUCUCCAGGCUACUCAGUGUCGUGGAGAGUGAACUCCGGGCCGGGAGAGACAAAGGCGACCCCACGGAGAAACAGCUCCAGGUUGUCUUAGAGGAUGCGACGCUCUGGCAGAGGUUCAGGGAAGUCACUAAUGAGAUGAUCGUGACCAAGAACGGCAGGCGCAUGUUCCCUGUUUUGAAGAUCAGCGUGUCAGGCUUGGACCCAAACGCCAUGUAUUCCUUCCUGCUGGACUUUGCCCCAACUGAUGGCCACCGCUGGAAGUAUGUCAACGGAGAAUGGGUACCGGCUGGGAAACCAGAGCCACCAAACCACAGCUGCGUCUACAUCCACCCAGACUCUCCCAACUUUGGGGCCCAUUGGAUGAAAGCUGCCAUUUCCUUCAGCAAAGUCAAACUUACCAACAAGCUCAAUGGGAGUGGGCAGAUAAUGUUGAACUCCCUGCAUAAAUAUGAGCCCCAGGUACACAUAGUUCGCGUCGGAGGCCCCCACCGGAUGGUGAUGAACUGCUCCUUCCCUGAGACGCAGUUCAUAGCUGUGACUGCCUAUCAAAACGAAGAGAUAACAGCUCUCAAAAUCAAGUAUAAUCCCUUUGCCAAAGCCUUCCUGGAUGCAAAAGAAAGAAACCAUCCCAAGGAUGCUCCAGAAACAGUCUCUGAAGGUCAACAUAUGACAUACUCUCACUCUCCACACACUCCCCAUGGCUGCGAGCGAUACUCAGCACUGCGAGGGCAUCGGGCUGCUCCGUACCCACCGUCCUACAUGCAGAGAAAUCAUUCACCGACAGUUAAUUUGCUGGAGAGCUCCAGCAAUAAUCUUCAGGUAUUCUCAGGACAUGACAGCUGGACUUUGCCAUCCUCUCCACAUAGUAAUUUGCUCUCGGUGCCACACACAAAGGGAGCUGCCAGCCCUGGACCCAGCCACUAUCCUUGCCUGUGGACAGUGAGCAACAGUGCCGUAAACGUUGCCAACCCAGGAAGCGAGGUGAACAGCAGCCACUCAAGCAUGUUUUUAAGGGGUAACGUCCCCUUACCCACUGCAUCAUCAGUCCAAAUCCCUCUGCAGGGAACGCUGCCCGGCAGCAUGGAAACGCAAGGGGAAACCGCUCUAGCCAGACUAGCCGACUCCGCGUGGACAUCCUCACACUCCUUUUAAUGGACAGGCAGCUCACGCGGGAAGCUCAGCCUAACAAGUGACACAAAUUGCAAACGAUCCUCUAGAACUGCAGCUCAGAGCAGGGAUGUGUAUGCAGAACACCAACUUCAUCCAACAUCACUUUCCAUCAUGUAAAAGUCAAAUGCAUAAUGCAAAGGCAGGAAAUGUUACGGGAACCGGCUCAUUACUGUAACCUUUAUUUGUCAUUCAGGAUAAUGUCCAGAAAGAAUCUUUAUAGUUAGUUUUGCUUCUGUAUCACAUACAAAACGGUCAGAGACAUGGGACUAAGUGACGCAGAUACAGCAGCUGGAUAUUUUCGUGUC